ACCAACCUCAUCUAUGACAGAGCAGAGAAGAGCAGACGCCAGGCACCGGGAGGCCACCAGCACCAGCCUCUGCCGCUGACAGCAUGCUCUGGUUGCUUCUGCCCCUCACGCUUGUCUUCUCCUUCAGCCCAGGGAACACAGCUUCACAAGACGGCUCAAACCCACUGACAGUGAAUGGGGUUCUGGGGGAGUCGGUAACUCUUUCCCUGAAGCUUCCUGUACAUCAGGAUAUUGAGUCCAUCACCUGGCUUCACAAUGGAAAAUCUAUCCACUUCAUAUUGCCAAAAGCUGCUCCGGAUUCGCGGAUCUUGGUGACUGAUCCAAAACGGAAAGAUCGACUGCAACUGAUGGAGAACUACUCCUUACAACUCAGCAACUUGGCAACGGCAGAUGCAGGACUUUACUGUGCCCAGAUAACCACACAGACCUCCACAGAGUUUUCCUACUACACUCUGCAGGUCUUCAGACGACUGAGGAACUUACAAAUUGCCAAUCACACGUGGCUGUCUGAGAUUGGGACCUGUGAGAUCCACCUGACCUGCUCUGUAGAGAAUUCAAAUGACACCUUCUUAAGGUGGCAGGUUGUAGGAAACACGUUUAUAAAUGAAGCAAACCUCACUAUUUCCUGGGACCCCAGGAAUUCCAGUGAACAGAAGUUCACCUGCGUAGCUGAGAAUACUGUCAGCAAUAUAUCCUUCUCUGUCUCCACCCAGAGUCUCUGCGAAGGUGUUUUGAAUAUGAAAAAUCACCCUGAUACCAAAUGGAUUAUAAUUGUGGUUGUGGUUACUUUGAUAUGUAUAGUCAUCACUGUGGGGUUACUUGUUUGGAGGAAAAAAGAUUGUUUGUGGAAGACAGGUAAAGGGAGGGAGGAUGGUCCACUGGGACAACCCCUGGGAUGUGACCACACACCUGCUAAUUUCCCAAGGAGGGUGGGUCCUACUGGAAAAUGCAUGACCAAGCCUCAAGGCCUGACUGCCCUUCCCCUUCAGCACCGCCCCCCAUAUCCUCUAGAGAGACACCUGUGGGUGUGGGGUAGGGUGUGGGAGCCACUUUCACUACACUCACAAAUCUCAAUUUCCCCGAUUUUAUUUUUCAGGCAUCUUUCAUUUUUCUACUCCACAAACCCAGAGUCCUGCAGAGACCAUAAGGAACUUAGAUUAUGUCUCCGUCUCUCCAGGGAACACCGUGUAUGCUUGUGUCACUCAUCCAAACAGGCAAACAAAUAUCCUAACACCUGUGAAAAGCAGUGAUUUCUCCACCAUUUAUUCCACAGUUCAUCAGUACAAAGAGCGUAUACCUAUUUCUUCCAGGACAGCUGCCCUUGACAACGUCAUCUAAAUUGCUGAGAGGUCUCAAAAGGAACUCAGGAAUGACACAGCUUCUCCUGAUCUCAUGGGAGAGAACACAGCUUGGUUUCUGCCUAGCAACAGAAUUCGAAUAUUUAGGAUUAUCACUUCCAGUUCUUUGGACUAGAACCUGCUCAAGUACGUCAGACAUCUAAGGAACAACAUCAUUUCCAGCAUGUGAUCCAAAUAACAUUUUCUAAUCUGCUCCAGGCCAAAACAUGCUUCCAUGAACAAGCCUGGGCAUUGACUUUCUCUUUGGCAGCUGAUGGGGUUGUGCUUGACAGAGAGUUAUAAUUCAGAAGACAGCCACUCCUCUCCUUUUAGAAAGGAGCAGGAUUGUGAUUCACUGGGAGAGAGUACAGUGUAUUUGUUAUGUAUGUUGUCUCUGGAAUUGGAUGGGCCUUGUCCCAAAUCCUCACACAUCACUUACUAGACCUACCUCCUGGGACAUGUUCUGGAACCUCUGAUGUCUGGUCUCCUAGACUGAAAAAUGGGGAUCAGCCUGUUACUCAAGCCAGGAAUCGGAGUUAGCCUUGACUUCAGCUGUUCCAUCACCAGGCCCUUUGGACUCUACCUCCAAAUACGUAUCUUAGACUGACCCACUUCUCUCCAAAACUUUAACCUCCACCCUAUAUUAACCCGUCAUCAUGUCCAACCUGGAAUACGACAGUAAGCUCCAAACAGAUUUUCCCAAUUUUUGUUCUUAUCUCCCUCCAAUCCAUUCUCUAAAAGACAGCCGGAGUAAUAUUUUUAAUAUAAACCAGAUCCUUCACUUGUCUGCUUAAAACUGACCCUGCAAGACAUCCCAGGCACUCCAGAAAGAAACUGAGUCUCUGUGGUUCUGGAUGGCCUGGCCCAUCUGCAGCCUCAGCCACCAUGUCUCCCUCCCACCCCUCUCUGAUUUGGCUUCUCUGAUUCUUUUUCAGCCCCUCCAUCAGAGGAGAGAGUUUGCUCACAUCUGCCUCAAGACCCUUCUCUGCCUGCCUGGUUCCUCCCUACUCUACAGGUCCCAAUGCACAUAUGUCAUUCUCCAAGAAAGACCUUCAGACCACUGUAACUGAAGUGGAUCCCCCUGUUAUUCUGUCACACCUUCCAUGUCAUUUACAUUGUGCCGUUAAAUAUUUAUUGGUAUUUAAUGUCUGUUUCUCCUAUUCUACUGUACACUCUCCAGGAACAGGGACCAUGACGAUUUUAUCUCUGUAUCCGGAGCAUCUAGCACAUAGAAAAUGUUCAACAAAUACUUUUUAAUAAAUAAAUGAACAUGUAGUGGAGUUUUGUGAGAAUUAAAGACGCUGUGCCUGCAGCCCUUUGCGUGGGGCAUAGCACAUGAGAGAGCUCGGUAAGUGUGAGCAUCACUGUGGCAUUAUGACGUUGCAUUCCUCCCAAACCAACAGAAUCUUCUCAC